AUGAUCACACCCACUUUUAAAGUAAAUCAAGACACCGAUAGUAUUACUAUUAUCAUCAACACACCAUAUGUCAGAGCUCAGGAUGUCGAUCUUCAUGUUCAAGGCAAUGAAUUUCGGUUUUUCUUACGACCUUACUUUUUACGACUGUAUUUGCCUGGAUCCAUUGUAGAAGAUGACGACUCAAAAGCUUCAUACGAUCCGUCGUCUGGUCAGUUUACUGUUCGUGUGUCCAAGGAAACCAAAGGCGAAGUUUUUCCUGAUCUUGACUUGUUAACUAAACUUCUUGCUCGAAAGGGCGAAACUUCUCGUGAUGGUCCCAAGAAACCUUUGAUCGAGGUGAUCUCUAGUCAAACAAACAAUGAUGAUACCAUGGAAGAUAAUAUGAAUGAUACGGCCCCUACUGCUGAAUUACAGGAUGCUGUCGACUUUAAUUGGGAAUUACCACAAGCAUUACCUCAAGAUGAUCUUUCGAUCCACACAGCUUAUGGGUUCAAUAAUCAGUACAAUGGAUACUUUACACAUGUCAACGAAACGGCCAACGAAAUCAAUGCAGUACGUGAACCAGAAAAAUCAAAUAUGGAAUCAAGGCGUAAUGAUCGUUUAGAACAAGAAAAUAAUAAAUUUGAUGAAGAUCAUUAUGCAAUGGACUAUAUCAAUCAGGACGAAAUGCAACAUGUUCUUCAAUACAAGACAAUUUGGGCAAAGGAACUGAAACGGAUACAAAAGCUAGCGAAAGAAUCUGUUGGGCAAAACAAAGUGAAAUUAUCGGAAAAGGAUCAAACUAUGAUGCGGGAUUUGCCAAACAAAGAAUAUCUUUUAUCUAAUGAAAAAACGACCUAUCUUGGUUUAGUGGAUCUUCUUUUUGCUUAUUCUUAUAAUCAUCGUGUGUCUGAAGGGGAAAACAAUGUGGAAUCUGUAUGGUGUAUUGGAAAACUGAGUUCAACCUUGGCUUCACUGGAGGUAAGUGGUUGA